AUGCAGCGUCAGUCGUCAACCAAGUCUGACUGCAGGAACGCUUCCGAAGCUUUGCUAGUGCAGGACCAUGCGUAUGAGAUGAGGAACGGUGGACCUCCACCACCGCCUCUGUCGUCACCAUCGUUGAGGCGAGCUGCACCUGCAGCCGUGGCGAACGGUGAGAUGGGUAGUCGCGCACAACCGCGGCUGCCGCAAAAGCCAUCAAUGCACAGCAGCUCCCCGCUCUCGUCGCCUACAAUAUUUGUGAAGCGUACCGUGAGCGAUGGCAGGUCGCCGGCGCUCUCAGCACUCGCAAACCAUGGAGGCGCCAACGGCGGCGGCGAGGAACAGGACAAGGAGGAGGACCAAAGCAGUUGUAACAGCGUGCCGGCACUGUGGACAUCUCACCGCGGUGCGACGGGCGCAGUGGCUUUCACAGCGACAACCUGCGCCGCUCUCAUCAUUGCGGCUACGCCAAGCUUGUCUUCCUCAGCACCCUCCCCUGCUCCUCCACUCAGUCAGAGCCACAUCAGCUCAAUCUCAUCUGCCCAUAACGUUCGUAGCACGUCUCAGGGCAGCGGCAGCUGUCAGGUCACCAGCAUGUUUAAGAACCUCCUCGUCUACCCGCCGCAAGUGCUUUCUGCGGCUUCUCAGCACCCACCUUCUACAACGAUGCUGACUGCCGCCCCCGAAGCGCUCGUGGCGCCGGUGCCACCAGCGCGACUAACGGUGACAGUCGAAAGUCCCGACCACACGGUGACGCCUCGGCUGUCGUCGACUGCUGUCCCCAUUGUCGUCGCCGCAGCGUCGUUCAUCAGCCCAGAAUGCGCUACGCUGUCGAACCAACUUACCUGCUCCACCGUCGGCGAGUCGCGCCGGCGCAACAGCAGCAGUGUGCCAACUAGCGCCUUCCAGGUCGACGAUGACAAGGCAGAGAACUCCGUCAUGGAGGACGGGGCCGGCGGUGCUGGUGAACGCUGGCCGGUUGACCCACAUCACCGAACUGCGCCAGCUCGCAACACCCAUGUCAGCGCGCGACUUGAGCAGCAGAACGCAGGCACUAACGCCAACGCCACCGUCGCCGACUCGGUAGAUGGAGAGACUACGUGGUCCUUGCGGAACGUGGAUCACGCUAGCGAAGGUAACGGCACUAUCUAUCACGCACAUUUGGCAGCAAGCACGCGUUCCUCCUUGGCUCAACCGUCGUCGUACUCGCGCCCGGCUCGCAGCCCGGCAUGCUCUCCGUCAUCUGCAGCCGGGGCCGCCAGCGCUGCCCCCACCCCCAUCAGCAACAGCGUCCCCGCCGCCCCGCAAAGCAUCAGGAACUCCAGGAAUGCGAGCAAUUUGAACCUGGCCAUCAACCAUGUGCGCAAAUCGCUAUUUAUUGGUCCACCACCCUCCCCUCUUCUAUCUCCCGUAGCUACCAGUGUGGCCAGCGGCGGUGCGGGCGGGCCUACAUCGCUCGCCAACCGCGGCGGCACGGCACUCAGCUGGCACGACUUGCAAUCGUCGAGUCCGUCGCUGCGCUUUGGGACGCAUGACCCGUACAACAGGGCUGCCAUUGUGGCGACGCCGUUGAGGAGCGGUGUGCCGCGCACGACAAGCUUCACGAGUCACCACCCCCCCUCCGCGACGGCGAUGGCACCGACCGGGUCGGUCAUCACGCGCAUGCAAAUGUGGAGCGCCUCAGUGCGUGCUAAUGGCUGCGCCGGCGGCGCCAGCGCUGAGGACAGUGGUGCCACGUUACCGUACUGCGCUGUCGCGAACUCGGACACGAUGAGCAUGAAGUCGAGCACGGCGGAUGUGGCGCGAAGAGCUCAUGACGGCAUCAUGAUCUGGGCUGCCGGUGGCAAUCCUUCUAAGGUGCAGUCGCCGCCCAUAGGAGAGCACCCCCUCUACAACCCCCAGUGUGACUACCCAUUCCAACCGCAUGAAACAAAACGUCAGCAGGUGCAGCAUGCCAACAGCUAUGAGCCAUUGUACGAGCAGCAGCAGCCAGAGCACCACCAAGGGCCUGGGCAACAACUACCGCCGCACCAGCAGAACGGGCCACAGUGGGGAGAGCAGUACCAGCAACAGACCCAUCCUCAAGUGGUGCAGGAGGCACCGGGGCACUACCAGGCUUUCAAGGUGCUACCGCAGCACUACGAACAAGCAUAUCCGUCAGAGUGCCAGCACCCUCGUUCAGAGCAGCAGCAGCACCAGCGCGAGGCAUGCGAUUAUCCGUUACAGCAUUCAAACCCUCCGCAGCGGCAAGAGCAGCGGUACCCAUGCCAACAGGCCCCCGAGCCGCACGACCCGUACGCGUACCAGACAUAUCCCGAACUACCGCAGCAUCCCCUGCAUUCCGUGGAGCAGCAGCAGCAGUAUCCAGCACAGCAGGCCUCAAACUCGUACGCAUCAGAACUACAUCAGCGGCCCCAACAGCAGCACCGCACACAGAGGCCGUACGGUGGGCGAGGCGGCAAUGCAGGCGCGGUGCACCACAACUGGAAUGAGCCACGGAAGCGCACGGCGCAGGAUGUGCUGCCGGGGUUUUUCUCAGUGGAUACAAUACAGCUAGGUGAUCAAACGCACCUUGCCUCAGACCGCAACGGGGUACUACACCAACACAACGAACAGCAGCAGCAGCGGCUCGGCAAUGAAGCACCGCAUGUCGCCGCGCUUCUCGCCAGUGGCAGUAGUCUGAACAAUGCGCCUUGGCAAUAUCCAACGCACCAUCAGAGCUGCAGGCCUACUGCCGCUCCCGAGCUCGACAGCAGAAGAAGCUCGCCGGCACCGAGAACGCUACCCUACCCGUCAGUCGUUCGACAGCAACUGCAGCGGCAGUUGGACCGCUCCUUCAGCGCUCACUGUGACGCAACACCAGCGCGCGGCGUGCAGGGGGACUACUACUACAGCUCUCGUGCAGGGGCAGAGUCCACCGCAGCGACGUCGGUCACGCCCCCUUACGGCAGUGACGACGACGAGGGAAUGCGGAUGCACGGUGGCGCUGUGUACGGUCUGCAGCCCUGGAACGCUGAGCGGCAUGGAGGGAGCGCAUCGGCCAUGACGGUGGGCGGUAUGAUGGUCGCACAGCCGCCACACAUGGCGGCCCCGGUGUCCUCACGCACACCGAACCCGCGGGCCUGCGACACCAGAAGUCACCGAGGAGGUAGCAGCGGCGGCGGCAGCACCAGCUUAAACAGUGGCACUGGAAGUGGCUGCAGUGUGCCUAGCAACAAAUCAAUCCUCUCGAACAACAACCUAGGUAGUGGUAUGGCCAGCCUGAAGACGAAUGAGAACGGUAGCAGCGGCAACGCCAACGGUGAAGGAAGUACGGGCGGCAUGGUGCACGUCUGCAAUGAGGACAACUCGGCCGACGUCUGCAGCGACCCUGGCGCACCAGCGCCAACAUCAUCAGGCGCAGCGCCCAACGCGCCGAUCAGCCGCUGCUACGGCGGCGGUGACAUUAGAGCGAGCGCAGCGACAGCAACGGCCAUGUAUGGCGGCCACACGCAUUACCCCUCCAAGAACAAUUGCGCGGUGGGAACCAUCGACGUGUAUGCCUCGCAGCCUGAGCGUCGGACGACAGACUCGGCAGCGGCCACGUCGCCCUCACCGGAGGGCGCGAAUGGAUCCGGCAGCACUAGCAGCGUACCCUUUACAACCCCACUUCCGCGCAGCGCUGGUGCGAUGAACGGAGGUGCAGCGGCGAACCAUCAAUCGUCCCACGGCUCGGUAGGCAGCUUACAGGUUCCACUCAACAUGCGGCAACACCAGCAGAGGCACCCCAACAUGGGUAGCCGCGCUGCGACGCGUUGGCUGCCGAGGAACGGCAGCGAGGACUACUCGCCGCACAUCGCCUCGCCAAACCGGCGUCGCUUUUCCACUCCAUCAGUGAACCAGCCGAACCAAUACGGCAACACGCGCUGCUCGCAGAAGCAGCAGAAGUCCCAGGCGCUCUCACAGGAACAGCGGUAG